AUGGAAAGGCUGCUUCUGAUCCAGCUUCUGAUGGUGGGGAGCACCUUAGCUCAAGUGGAGUCCUGCCCCUUUCACUGCGUCUGCCAAAACCUCUCCGACUCGCUCAGCACCCUCUGUGCCAACAAGGGGCUCCUCUUCAUUCCGCCCAACAUAGACCGGCGGACAGUGGAGCUGCGUCUGGCUGACAAUUUCAUCCGGGUGGUGGAAGCCCCGGACUUUCUGAACAUGACGGGCCUCGUGGAUCUCACCCUCUCGCGGAACACCAUCGACACCCUCCGGCCCUUUGCGUUUGGGGACCUGGAGAGCCUCCGUUCGCUCCACCUGGACAGCAACCGGCUGACAGAGAUCAGGGAGGAGGCUCUGCGAGGAAUGCUGAACCUCCAGCAUCUCAUCUUGAGCAACAACCAGCUGGUCAAUAUUUCUGGGGCUGCUUUUGAUGACUUUCUCUUGACUCUGGAAGACCUGGAUUUGUCCUACAACAACCUGCGCAGCGUCCCUUGGGAGGGCAUCCAAGGGAUGUUUUGCCUGCACACCCUGAACCUGGAUCAUAACCUGAUUGACUUCAUUAUGGAAGGAAGCUUUGAUGAACUCUACAAACUCUCACGGCUGGACAUGACCUCCAAUCGCCUUUCCACACUGCCCCCUGACCCAUUGUUUGCCCGCUCCCAGAUUGGGGCCAUCAGCCCAACCCCUUACACAGCCACCAUUAUGCUCAGCUUCGGAGGAAAUCCUUUGCACUGCAACUGUGAGUUGCUAUGGCUGCGGCGUUUGGCGCGAGAGGAUGACAUGGAGACCUGUGCUUCCCCCCAACACAUGGCUGGCCGGUAUUUCUGGUCAGUGCCAGAGGAGGACUUCACCUGCGAGCCCCCUCUCAUCACUCGGCACACCCACAGGCUAUGGAUCUUGGAGGGCCAAAGGGCCACCCUGAGGUGCAGAGCCCGCGGAGACCCCGAGCCAGUCAUCCACUGGGUCUCCCCUGAUGACAAAAUCAUUGCUAACUCCUCCAGGACCGUUUCAUUCCGCAACGGCACCCUUGACCUUUUGGUGACCACCAUCCGUGAUGAUGGGGCCUACACCUGCAUUGCUGUCAAUGCUGCUGGGGAGUCGACAGCCACCGUGGACCUCAAAAUCAUCCCCUUGCCUCAUCGGGGGAACGGCAGCAUCACGGUGCUGCAGCAGGAUCCAGGCUCCUCCGACAUCGCCACCUCGGCCAAGAGCUCUGCCAACGCCACCCAGGAUGCUUCAGAGAAGAGAGUGGAGGUGCUGGAGGUGACUGCCACAUCAGCCCUGGUGCGCUGGCUGGCAGAUAAGUCGACCUACAUGGCCUGGAUGUAUCAGAUCCAGUACAACUGCACUGCGGACAAUGCGCUUGUUUACAGGUAA